UUUGGCUGCCGUGAGUUCACUGUAUUGUAAAGGGAACAGUGAAUCCUAGGAAGGAGGAGGGGGGGGGUUUGAUUUGGCAAAAUUCUUCCGAUUGGGCAGACAUCCGGAGUCUCGACGAUCAUAAUUGAUCGCACCUUUUACCUUUUUAGAAGCUGGGUUUUAUUAAUUUAUUAUAUUCCUCUUAGUUUAUGGUUUACGUUAACACUCCGGGAGGGCAGAAAUGGCGGCCAACAUGUACCGGGUCGGAGAUUAUGUAUUUUUUGAGAACUCCUCCAGUAACCCUUACCUGAUCCGCCGGAUAGAAGAACUCAACAAGACGGCCAGUGGGAACGUGGAGGCCAAGGUGGUUUGUUUCUACAGAAGGAGAGACAUCUCCCACAGCCUCAUCCAGCUCGCAGACAAACAUGCAAAGGAGUUGGAAGAAGAGAAGGAAAGCCCGACAGAGACAGACCUAACAGAAAAACAGAAACACCAGCUUCGCCACAGAGAGCUCUUCCUCUCCCGGCAGUAUGAGAGUUUACCUGCGACACACAUCAGGGGGAAGUGUAGUGUCGCGUUAUUGAAUGAGACUGAAGCCGUUCUUUCAUACCUUGACAAAGAGGAUACAUUCUUCUACUCCCUGGUAUAUGACCCAACACAGAAAACCCUUCUGGCCGACAAAGGAGAGAUCAGAGUAGGACCGCGUUUUCAGGCAGACGUACCUGAAAUGCUACAAGAGGGUGAGGCGGAUGACAGGGACCAGUCCAAGCUAGAAGAGAAGCUGUGGGAUCCAGAGUGUCCACUCACCAACAAACAGAUAGACCAAUUCCUAGUAGUGGCACGAGCGGUUGGGACCUUUGCUCGAGCGUUGGACUGCAGCAGUUCAGUUAGACAGCCAAGCUUACACAUGAGUGCAGCUGCAGCCUCACGAGAUAUCACACUGUUCCAUGCCAUGGACACACUGCAUCGCCAUAAUUACGACCUGUCCAGUGCGCUGAGCGUACUGGUCCCGGCGGGCGGCCCAGUGCUCUGCAGGGAUGAGAUGGAGGAGUGGAGUGCCUCGGAAGCAGCCAUGUUCGAAGAGGCACUAGAGAAAUACGGAAAAGACUUCAACGAUAUCCGACAAGACUUUCUGCCAUGGAAGUCUCUGACUAGUAUCAUAGAGUACUACUACAUGUGGAAGACCACAGACAGAUAUGUGCAACAGAAGAGACUGAAGGCAGCAGAGGCAGAGAGCAAACUGAAGCAGGUUUAUAUCCCCACAUAUAACAAGCCCAACCCCAACCAGAUCUCAAUGACCAAUGGCAAAAUGGCGACAGUGAAUGGAGCGGGCCCUGGGGCUUACCAUGCAGCAGGAGGGGGCAGAGCCUGCGAGAGCUGCUAUACCAUGCAGUCGGCCCAAUGGUACUCAUGGGGGCCUCCAAACAUGCAGUGCCGCCUGUGCGUUUCCUGCUGGAUGUACUGGAAGAAGUACGGAGGCCUGAAGAUGCCCAGCAGAGCAGAGGGCCCAGAGGAGAGGACCUCCCCCAGUCCAGCAAGCAAUGAGCCUCGCUCACGGAGUCAUGGUCCUCGCCAAUCCAACCACAUGGUGCCAAUGCGAAACAGCGGCAGCCCCAAAUCCUCCAUGAAGACCAAGCAGGCUUUCCUGCUGCAGGCCACCCGCCUCACCAAGCUGGCCCGGCACAUGUGCCGUGACAUCAUCAGGCUGCGCCGUGCUGCGCGCCGGCCCUUUGUCCCCAUUAACUGUGGGGCCAUAAAGGCAGAGUACAUGUUAAGGGUGUCGGAAGGACAUGGAACACGCCUACCCAAAACCAGAGCCGCCCAAAGGAGCACUCUGACCAGUGUCCUGCAGUUUCUAGAGUCCCGCCCGGCCGCCCAUGCCCCUCGCUCCCACCGCACCGCGGGCCUGCAGACGCCUCCCCCUCGACGCCUCCUCUCUUCUCUCCCACACGGCCCCCACGGCAUGCUGGGAAAACGCAGCUACCAUCACCACAGCAGGGCUGAGCCAGACAGACGCUCAGAGAACCCAUGUACAACAGGUGGACCCCUCCUGCAUAACGGCCGCAACAGCAGCAGUGGAAACACCCGAGGCGGAGUGAUGAUCCGCAAGAGACGCCCCAACUGGAUUGAUGCCCCUGAUGACAGCUUCUUCCUUGUCACCCGGGAGACCAGGAGAGCCAGACGGCUACUGUCCCGCUCCCAGCUCAGGCACGCUUGCCGGCAGCCCUGCGAGCAGAUCACCCUGCGCAGGGUCUCCCAGGGCCCACCUCAGGGGCUUGUCCUUGCCCCUCCGCACCCUCACCCCAGCCUGAGGAUGCGAGGCCCCAUCGUCAUCCACGACUGAUUGGACGCGGACCCUCCGACCUCCCCAACCCCUACUACAUAUACACUAACAAAUUCUCACCUCCUUCAAUUCUCCUCAUUAAAUCCUCGAACCCUCCUUUGCUUUUUGUCCUUAAAAUUACGGUUAUAAUCCUUGACAACACUUAAACAAGCUAUCUUAACUGUUUGGCAACAGAAGGAUGUGAUGAUGCCGUGAUGCAAUAGACACAUACACUUGACCUGACUGCAAGUGCUGCCUGUCUUUAAUCCCCUGGGAAUGUGUUUGUGUGUGUACAUACUGUAUUUGUGUGUGUGUGUGUGUGUGUGUAUGCAUGAGUGUGUGCGUGCAUGUGUGUGUGCAUGUGUGUGUGUGUGCGUGUGUGUGUGUCAGUACGAGGGGAUGUUGAAUUGUGCUGUUCUUGGUUUUUAUGGAUGGACAUAAUGACGGAACUUUGUGUGACCUUUGUGUUGAUGGUGAAUUGUUGUGAAGUUUUAUCAGUUUGUAUAAAGUUGGUUUUUUUUGGGAGGGGCAUGGGGUUAGAUUAGGAUGGGAUGGGAAGGGAGGGGGUGGGUGGGAUUGUAUUUGUGGGUACUGAGGUUCUUUAACAUUGGAGAAGAGGCAAAUGUCCCAACGUUGAUGUUAAAAAGAAAAUGCACUACAUGGAGACCCAUCUGGCGGCUUUUUUAAUAAAACGGCUGCUUUAAAUUGUGUUUUACCUGCAGUUUUUUCACGCUCUUCUUGAAAUUUAAAUCCGUGAGCUGGAGCCGGUGUUGAAGAAUGAUUACCUGGAGACAUUAUUUUACAAACCUUCUAUAACUUCACCCAAAAAAGCUGUCAGUUAUUCAUGACAAAUCUGCAGGUCUGAAAAUAUAACAAGGCAAAGAAAUAGAGCCAGCUUACAUCAAACAGCAUAAGCCUCCCUCAUGAGCCAGUGUAUAAUAUAUUGUAUAUCUCAUUACAGCACUGUAAAUCUACUCAUCCUAUUUCUAUGGCCGACUGUACCUACCUAGCCCUAACAUGGGUACUAAAGCACUUCCUUUGCAGCAGAAAAGGGCAUGGAUCUGUCAUAUUUUCCUCAAGGCUGCGAUGCACCAGCAACAUUUUUAGGCAAAAGGAUGAGCAACUUUGCCAGCAGCUGUUUGCUAAAAUGUAUGUUUUUCAUUGCAUUUGAUCUUUAAAGCCAACAGUCAAGUUUAUCCUGUUGUCAGACCUCUCUCUCUCCCCCCCCCGCUGCAUGACAAUAUUGCCAGAAGGCGUUGCCUCAAAAGGUUGCAGGUUAACCCGUCCAGCCUUCAGGUGUGUUUAAUUAUGAGUUUUAAAACUGGCAUCGCCGCCGCAUGUCUUUGAGGUGAGAGCCUCUUGCUGACCGAUUGGGUCACAUGAUUUUUUCUCUUUCAUUCAGAAUGUUUAUGUUAGUGUUUCCUGUAUGUCAUGUGUUGAAUUAUGAAUAUGCUAAGAAUAAUAAUAAUAAUAAAAAAACAAGAACAAUGACAGAGA